UGUCUGUCAAUCAGGCAGCCCGAAACUCCGGCAAACGACAUAGGCGCCCUCGGCCAUAUUGUUGUUCUUUUUGUUCUAUAAAGUCGUAGAGUCAAGAUGGGUUUCGCAAAUCUUUGGUAUUCGCACCCUCGUAAAUACGGACAAGGUUCCCGCUGCUGUCGCUCGUGCUCGAACCGACACGGUCUCAUCCGCAAAUAUGGGUUGAACAUCUGCCGGCAGUGCUUCCGGGAGUACGCAAAUGACAUUGGCUUCAAGAAGCUCGAUUAGACGUGGCAGACGGAGGAGGAGCUUGGCCGGGCCGCGUAUGAAUAAGUUCGAAGCCAUUCCGUGGAGUUGCACUUUUAUGCAAACAGCCCCAACUGUGUAAACGUUUCAGUUUGCUUAUUCAGAAAUGGCUCGGUGGAAUAAAUUUUAAUUUAUUGCCAA